GUGCUGGAUGUAUGGUGAGUUGUGUUGAGACAGUUGUAGCCCGCCCACCUUUAGUCAUAGGCAAGCCAUCAAAGAACAUGUUUACAAUUUUAAGUGAGAAGCACCAGCUUCAGGCAUCUCGCACUCUCAUGAUUGGAGAUCGGUCUAACACAGAUAUUCUUUUUGGCAAGAAUAGCAACUUGCAGACAAUGCUGGUACUAACAGGUGUGACAACAAUGGAGGACUUGGAAGAAUAUGCAAGCAACAUGGAUGAAGAAAAACACAAGCUAUUGCCUGAUUUUUAUUUGCCUAGACUCGAUGAUCUUAUCAGCUUGUUAAAAGAUUUUUGAGAUCAGUUGAAUCAACCUUAUGGGUGUAAAACAGUUGAAUCAAGCUUAUGGGUGUAAAACUGGAAAGUUCAUUUUUUUCAAAAUGGAAUAAAGGGGAGGGGAAAAAUGAAAAUGUUUUUUGAUUAUUUUAUAAUACAAAUUGUGUACUUAUUAUUGCUUUUUAGGAUUUAUAUGCUUGGUUUUCAAAAACCCUAAAGGAAGAUGUAAAGGUCAAAAUAUGUUCAUAUGUUAGACCAAAGCUGGACUGAGCUUAGUGGUCCGAUGGAGAGUUCUUAGGAGGAACAUUAACACAAGUCAGUGUUUAUAAAAGACAUGCACGCAGGCAUGUAUGGACACAAUGCACAACACUGGACCCUGUACCCACCUGUAAGGGUUUAAUAUUGAUUCAUAACAACCAGUGUAAAAUAAGGUACUGAGGGUGCCAUGACUCUGUUUAUGUAAAAUAAGGGUAAGAAUUGUUGCAAUAGUUCACAACCAGUCAAAAAGAAAAAAAAAUCUUUUGUUUUUCUUGUAAAAAUCAAGAUGUUGUGCUAUGAAUGGCCAUGAUACAUUUUGCUAUUCCUUCCAGGCUUUCUUUAGGUUACUCAACUUCAAACUUUCUUUGUAUUAAUAUGGUUAUUAUAUUCCUUCUCAGAAUGAACAUUUCAUUUCUCUCCUUUCUAAUUUUGAAUUAUUUUAUGAAUCUGUUAAUGAUUUUGACUCUCAAUACUGUACACACUCAAGUCUUCCCAAUCAAAGUUUAAUUGGUUAUGGGAUCAGUUUUCUUCCUGAACUUAAUAUCAGUUAUGGAACAUUACUAUUUUAUCCUUAACAUUUUUUUACAAAAGCAAGGGAAUUAGAAGUUUGUUGUAUUAUUCUGCAAAGAUUUGUAAAAAUGCAUUUGUCUCUAUAUACUGUAUAUGGUUGUGUUUGGUCCUCUUUGGACAUGUACCUGGGUUGUAUUAUUGAACUGAUUUGCUAAUUCAUGCAAUUUAAUCAACUCAUUCAUUGUUUAACAUGCAUAUAAAUAUAGCAGUUAUAAA